AUGGAGGAAGCUAAAACAGAACGUUUCAGUGAUAUCGUGUUUUCUUGGUCGCUUGAAGACAUUUUCAAUGAAAAUCUUUACAAGAACCAGGUGGAAAAGAUUCCUGAAUCAUUUCAUUCGGUUUGGCAAUAUUUUGGGUCUUAUAUACAUCCUUUAUUGGAAGAAACUCGAGCACAGGUGCAUUCAAGUAUGGAAACUAUUGACAGAGCACCAUUUGCUAAAGUGGUUGGUUUUGAAGAAUGCAAUCCUCAUGGGGUUGGGGCUUACAGGAAAAAUGUAUAUGAUAUCAAGGUUGAUUGCUGGAGAAACAGGCUCAGUGAUCGCGGCAAGGAACCAUACAAAACUUUGCCUGGGGAUCUUUUUGUCUUAGCAGAUGCCAAACCCAAAACUGUUUCUGAUUUACAAAGGGUAGGGAGGUCCUGGGCUUUUGUUUCAGUCACUAAUGUCUCAGAAAAUGAGAACGAGGAUGAUACUACUUCUCUUUAUUUUAAAGUCAAGGCAUCCAGAGAGUUUGAAGUCAAGGAUAGCACCCAUACAUCACUAUUUUUGGUUUUCCUGGUAAAUUUAAUCCCUAAUGGCAGAAUAUGGAAAGCGUUGCGCAUGUCUGGAAACCAGAAGAUUAUCAAAGAAGUUUUGUGCACCAAUUCCAUGGCUCAGAAAAACAAUUAUCUCUGUUCCGAACCAAUUGAUGACAGCCUGGAUAAGUGGUUAGUUGAGAGUUCAUCAUCGGGAUUGAAUGAGUCCCAAACUGGGGCUGUUUUGGCAUGUCUUGAAAUGCUGCAUUGUGAUUCCAAGUCUACUGUGCAACUUAUAUGGGGUCCACCAGGGACAGGAAAAACUAAAACCACCGCUACUUUGCUUUUUACUCUGUUACAGAUGAACUGUAGGACUGUUAUUUGUGCCCCAACGAAUGUUGCAAUAACUGAAGUUGCUUCUCGUUUUCUAGAGAUAGUAACUAAAGCAGAGUCCAAGUCCUUGUUCUGUUCUUUGGGAGAAGUUCUUCUAUUUGGGAAUAAGGAGCGACUUAAAGUUGGUGCACACAUUGAAGAUAUAUAUUUGAACUACCGUGUCAAAAAGCUUGGUGAGUGCUUGGGGCCAGUGACUGGUUGGAGGAGUUGCUUUGCUUCCAUGAUAGAUUUUCUUGAAGAUUGUGUUUCUCAUUACCACGUUUUCCUGAAAAAUGAGUUAACCGAAGAGAAAGAAUGCAGAAGUGACACUGAACUUAUCAAGGGGAAGUGCAAAUCAUUUCUUGAAUUUUUCAGAGAUAGAUUUGUUUCUACUGCAUUACCACUAAGAUAUUGCAUUUCUACCUUAUGCACCCAUUUAGCCAAAAAUUACAUUUCGGAACAUAAUUUCCAAAACAUGAUUUCACUCAUAUGCUUAGUGGAAGCCAUUGAACUUUUAUUGGUCCAAGAUAAUGUUGUUUCUGAAGAAUUGGAACUCCUUUGCUCUCGUUCAAAAUUUGAAAAUGUGGCUGAGUCAUCAUUUGUAGAUAACACAUUUCUUCUGGGCAUCAAGAUAAGAAAAUGCCUUUCAGUGUUACGUACUCUACAGGAUUCUCUUAGUGGACUUCACCUUCCAAAUGUUAGGAAUGAAGAAUCUCUAAUGGAAUUCUGUUUUCAAAGAGCUUCCUUAAUAUUUUGCACCGUGUCAAGUUCCUAUAAGCUGCAUAGAGUGGAAAUGGAGCCACUGACAAUUGCUGUUAUUGAUGAUGCUGCACAAUUGAAAGAAUGUGAAUCAACAAUAACCCUGCAACUUCCAGGCGUGAAGCAUGCUGUUCUUGUUGGUGAUGAAUGUCAGUUACCAGCUACGGUGAAAAGCAAUGUUUCUAAUGAGGCUGGGUUUUCUAGAAGCUUGUUUGAGAGGUUGAGCUCAAUGGGUCACUCAAAACACCUUCUGAAUAUGCAAUACAGAAUGCAUCCCUCCAUAAGUUUCUUCCCAAAUUCAAAUUUCUAUAAUAACCAGAUCCUAGACGCUCCAGUCGUUAAAAAAAGAAGCCAUGAGAAACACUAUCUUCCAGGGUCAAUGUUUGGUCCUUUUUCUUUUAUAAAUGUAAUUGGUGGAAUGGAAGAGAAGAAUGAGGAUGGACAUAGUCCAAAAAAUUUGGUGGAGGUUUCUAUUAUUCUUGAACUACUGCAGAAUCUGUACAAAGAAUGGAUGGUUUCAAAAAAGAAACUCAGUAUUGGGGUGGUAUCACCCUAUGCUGCUCAAGUAGUUGCAGUUCAGGACAAACUUCGACAGAAGUAUGAAAAGAUUUAUGGCUUUACAGUGAAGGUGAGGACGGUUGAAGGGUUCCAGGGUGGGGAAGAGGAUGUAAUUAUAAUGUCCACUGUCCGAUCUAAUAGUCUUCAAUCCCUUGAUUUUAUAUCACAACCACAAAGAGUUAAUGUCGCUCUUACAAGGGCUAGGCAUUGUCUUUGGAUUCUAGGACAUGAAAGAACUCUACUCGAUAGCGAAUCUGUUUGGAAGGCCUUGGUCCUUGAUGCCAAAAGUCGUCAAUGCUUCUUUAAUGCUGAUGAAGACAAGAAUUUGGCCAAGGCCAUAUUAGGGGUGAAGAAAGAGUUUGACCAAUUUGAUGAUCUGCUUAAUGCUGACAGCAUACUUUUUAGAAGUUCUAGAUGGAAGACCAGUGAUUUGGAAGUUCCUAAGAGCUGGCCACUCUCUUUGGAUGUUCCCCGGUUCAAGGAUCUUAGCAUCACUGAAAACCAGAGUGAUUUAGUUGGUGACGACGAUUCUGAUGGUAGAAAUUAUGUUGAGAAUUCACAGGUCAGCGAGAGUUUGUUGCUCAUGAAAUUUUACUCCUUGUCAUCUGGUGUAGUAAACCACUUGCUGUCCGACCGUCAGGGUAGAGAGUUGGAUUUGCCAUUUGAAGUUACAGACCAGGAAAUGGAGAUUAUACUUUAUCAUAGAAGUAGCUUUAUAGUUGGACGGUCAGGAACAGGAAAGACCACAGUUUUAACAACGAAAUUAUUUCAGAAUGAACAAUGUCACCAAUUGGCAGUGCAAGGAUGCCAUAGUAGUCAAAAUAGCAUUAACGAGAGUUCUUCAGCUACCAUGGAGAGAACUCUACUACGCCAGCUUUUUGUGACCGUGAGUCCAAAACUGUGUUUUGCCAUCAAGAAACAUGUUUUACACUUAAAAAGUUUUGCAUGUGGUGGUGGCAGUGAUUCAACCGAAAGGAGUUUGAUUGAUAUGGCUGAUUUUGAUGAGGAUGAAGCCCAAUUCAAGGAUAUCAAGGAUUCCUUUCAUGAUAUUCCUCCCAACUCUUAUCCUCUUGUCAUAACAUUCCAUAAGUUCUUGAUGAUGCUUGAUGGAACACCGAGUGCCGAAAUGAGGGAAACAAACUCAUACUUCGAAAGAUUCCUUGAUGCUACAAAACUUACUCACGGUCAAUUGCAAAGUUCAAGAUCAGUUGCAUUGGAGACCUUUAUAAGGACAAAGGAGGUUACGUAUGAGAGAUUCAGUUCAUCUUACUGGCCCCAUUUUAAUAUCCAGUUAACAAAGAAGCUGGAUGCUUCAAGAGUCUUUACAGAGAUAAUAUCUCAUAUCAAAGGUGGUUUGGGAUCCAUAGAAGCAGGUGAUGGUAAACUCAAACGCGAGGACUAUGUUCAAUUGUCAGAGGGCCGAACGUCCAAUUUAAGCAAACAAAAGAGAGAAGAAAUAUAUGAUAUAUUUCAGGCUUAUGAAAAAAUGAAGAUGGAAAAUGGUGAUUUUGAUCUGGCUGAUUUUGUAAUUGAUCUUCACCGCCGUCUGAGGCAUGAAAAGUAUGGGGGUGAUCAAAUGGACUUUGUUUAUAUAGACGAGGUUCAAGAUCUUACAAUCAGUCAAAUUGCUCUUUUCAAACAUAUGUGCAGCAAUGUUGAAGAGGGUUUCAUUUUUUCUGGUGAUACAGCACAGACAAUUGCAAGGGGUAUUGAUUUUAGGUUCCAAGACAUACGACAUCUGUUCCACAACAAGUUUGUGUUGGAAUCAAGAAGCAAUAAGCUUGAAGAAAGAAAAGAAAAAGGACAAAUUUCAAAAAUGUUCCAUUUGACUCAAAAUUUCCGAACCCAUACUGGUGUACUGAAGUUAUCACAGAGCAUUGUUGAAGUAAUUUAUCGUUUUUUCCCCCACUAUAUUGAUGUUUUAAAACCUGAAACCAGUCAUAUAUAUGGGGAAGCUCCAGUUUUGCUUGAAUAUGGAGAAAAUGAAAAUGCAAUCAUAAAAUUAUUUGGAAAUAGUGAAACUGGUAGUGGAAAUAUAGUUGGCUUCGGUGCAGAGCAGGUUAUUUUGGUGCGAGAUGAUGCUGCUAGGAAAGAAGUUUCCAUGUUUGUUGGGAUGCAUGCUCUUGUCCUGACCAUUGUGGAGUGCAAGGGCCUCGAGUUCAUGGACGUACUCUUGUAUAACUUUUUUGGCUCAUCACCAUUGAAAAAUCAAUGGAGGGUAAUAUAUGAUUACAUGAAGGAAGAAGAUUUGCUUGACCCAGCAUUACCUCAGCGGUUUCCAAGUUUCAAUGAAGCCAAGCACAACAUCUUAUGCUCUGAACUGAAGCAAUUAUAUGUAGCUGUUACUCGUACGAGACAGAGAUUGUGGAUUUGUGAGAAUGUAGAAGAGCUCUCCAAACCUAUGUUUGACUAUUGGAAGAAGAAAUGUCUUGUACAGGUUAGGCAACUGGAUGAUUCACUUGCACAGGCAAUGCAAGUUGCAAGCAGUCCAGAGGAGUGGAAAUCACAGGGCAUAAAGCUUUAUCAUGAACAUAACUAUGAAAUGGCCAUAAUAUGCUUUCAAAGAGCUGGUGAUACGUAUUGGGAAAGAAGUUCCAAAGCUGCCAAUCUUAAAGCUAUGGCUGACCGUAUGCGAACUUCAAAUCCUGACAAGGCCAAUUCCAUUCUUAGGGAAGCUGCUGAAAUAUUUGAUGCUUUAGGCAAGGCAGAUUCUGCCGCCAGAUGUUUCUCUGAUUUGGGCGAUUAUGAAAGAGCAGGAUGCUACAAAGAUGCUGCAGAUGCGUAUGCUAAGGGCAAUUUUUUCUCUGAGUGUCUCACUGUUUGUGCCAAAGGAAAACUGUUUGAAAUGGGUUUGCAAUACAUCAAUUAUUGGAAACAGCAUGCAACAGAGGACUGUGUUGUGGCUAGACGAGAUGAAGGAAUAGAUAAAAUUGAACAAGAAUUUCUGGAGAGCUGCGCACUUCACUAUUAUGAGUUGAAAGAUAACAGAUCCAUGAUGAAAUUUGUUAAUGCUUUUGAUUCUAUAAUUUUGAUGCGGAACUUUUUGAAGAAGUUAGAUAUCCUUGAUGAGCUUCUUUUGUUGGAAGAAGAACAUGGAAACUAUCUUGAAGCUGCCGAAAUCGCAAAGCUAAAAGGCGAUAUUCUACUCGAAGCUGAUUUUCUUGAAAAGGCAGGCAAGUCCAGAGAAGCGUCAUUACAUAUUCUAUUCUAUGUGCUUGCCAACUCUCUUUGGUCAAAUGGCAGAAAGGGCUGGCCCAUACAACAUAUUUCACAAAAGGAGGAGCUUUUAUCAAAAGCCAAGUCAUUUGCUAAGAAUAAAACAGAAAGCUUUUAUGAACUUGUUUGCACUGAGGUUGACAUUUUGUUAAAUGAGCAGAGUGACUUGGCUUUGAUAAAAAAUCAUAUGAGUGUUUGUCAGAGGCAUAAGAGUAUUAGAGGUGAAUUAUUAUCGGCACGAAAAAUAUUGGAUGCUCAUAUUUCUUCAAGCUCCAAUAAGUAUGUGUGGGAAACGAAGUUGGUUGAUGAUGAUGAUCUGAUGAAGUGCUCUGAAAAUCAGCUACGGGGAUCUUUGUUUGAUUACUUAGGAGUGUGGAGGUUGUAUCAUAAUCUUAGUCCAGUAUAUGUUUUACUCAUAUCCGAUGCUGAUUGGAUUCGAGGUCUGGACAAAAGAUGUUUUAAAAAACAUGGAAAGUUGGUCUCCGUUGAUGUUCACCAGCUUGUCUCAGCUGCUCGUAAAUAUUGGAGUUCAGAAAUGCUCUCUGUUGGCAUGAAAGUUUUGGACAAGCUUGAAAAUCUUUACUACAAGUUUCCAAAGGAGAAUGCUGAUCCAGUGUUUUGCCAAAGCAGGUGCCUUACCCAUAUUUGUGAGGUCUCAGUAUAUCUUUUGCAAUCAAAAUGUUUGAAGCUAAGGGAUCAAGAUACCGAGAGAUUGCAGAGACGUGUAAAGUUUUCAACUGAGAGUGUUGUUACGAACAUAUUUCCUAUGGAUUGGAGGAGUUCAUUGAAGGAGAAUAUGAUUUCUCUCAGAAGAACUGAUGCUCUAAAUAAUGCGCUGGAACAAGUAAUAGUUGAGUAUACUAGCUCCGAGACGGAGCUGUCUUUUGGGCAAAUUGGAAGGCUUGUAAUGGUUAUUCUCGGGUCCGGUAAGCUGAAUAGUGAACUAUACGAGAAGCUUGUGGAAAAACUGGACUGCCACCAGCCAUGGGAGGAGUUCAUUGAGAAUCUCUGUGGGAAUAUUGGCCCUGGAAACAGCAGUCAAGAACCGAGAGAGGUGUCUGUAAUGUUGAAGUUUUGUGAUGCUUUGGUUGAUACUUAUAAUGUGAACUGGAGGGUUGUUAAUGAUUACAUAUCACCUGGUUGCUUUUUGUACCUUGUGGAGCGCCUUGUGAUUUGGGCAACUUGCUUCAAGGGUUAUGCUAUCACUACAAGUUCUUGCUUUAUUGAGUGGCUGAUAUACCAAGAAGAAGAUGCCGACGUAAGUUCCAUAGUUGCUGAUGUGCAACCAUCUUUGGUUGCAAUCCUUUAUGUAGUUCGGGAGUGUGUUUUUAAUAAGAGGAAUAUGGUUGAUUGGAUUAAAAAGACCAAUGAAAAUUGGAAGAACUAUUAUUCGCAGCUCAUAUUGAGAUUUGUUGUUGUGUUAUGCUUGGUUUAUGUGAAUUUUGGUACGGGUCAAGAUAUACUAUAUGAUUUGCUGGGGAGGGACUAUAUCACUGAGCAGCUACCAUGGGAAUUUUAUGACGCCCUUAAGAGGAGGAGGAUACACAAAUCUUUUAGUAUAAAUGUGAGUGUGCUUGCUGCAGCUUUUCAGAAGAUCGGUAAUACUUUGGUAAUUGCAAGUUUCGGGUCCGAUUGUUCAAGGUUCUUAUGUUCAGAUGCCAUAUUUGUUGACAUGAAGGCCAACCGUUCCAGGGAUGACAUACUGAGGAAAUUGUUUCCUAAACCACAUGUACUACAAGCUUCCCAAGAUACAUCUGUUGAAUCAGGAGCCAAUAGUUCUAAGAUCCUGCCAUCGAACUCAGAUGUGGUGGAACCACUAGAGACUGGUGAUGCAUCUGAUAAGCCUAGUGAUGCUGGGGGCGUGGCCAGUCACUCUAUAGGUGAGAAACAUUGCACAGAUAUGCCUUCAACUGCUACUUCUAAGCCUCAACCAAUUUCAAGCUCAGCCUCUCAACCAAAGGCUUCCGAUACUCAAAUUCCCUCUAAUCCAGAGCCCAAAGAGACUGUACCAGAUCCUAAUGCAGAGAAGGCAGAUGCAAGUGCUAGUUCUGUUCAAGGCACUGAGGCAUCAAAUCAAGUUGCAAUCUCCCCCCAAUCUUCCUCUCAAAAACUAGUGAUCGAUGAGACUAUUUCAACCAGUCCGAUUGACAAAGAGUCUCAUACGGUUAUAGAUACAACUCCUCAAUCAGAGGUUCUUGAGACACAAGUUGCCUCUACUUCAGAGAUGUUUUGGUAG